UAAUAUUUCAAGAUACUAGAAGUUUCUUAAGGUUCAAGAUACAAGAGGUUUCUUAAUAUUUCAAGAUACUAGAGGUUUCUUAAGGUUCAAGAUACUAGAGGUUUCUUAAGGUUCAAGAUACUAGAGGUUUCUUAAGGUUCAAGAUACUAGAGGUUUCUUAAGGUUCAAGAUACUAGAGGUUUCUUAAGGUUCAAGAUACUAGAGGUUUCUUAAGGUUCAAGAUACUAGAGGUUUCUUAAGGUUCAAGAUACUAGAGGUUUCUUAAGGUUCAAGAUACUAGAGGUUUCUUAAGGUUCAAGAUACUAGAGGUUUCUUAAGGUUCAAGAUACUAGAGGUUUCUUAAGGUUCAAGAUGUCAGUGUUUUUUUAGGUCUCAAUACUCAAUAAGAGGUUUACAAGAGUGUCAAAAUGCUAGGGAUUUUUAGGUUUCAAGGUACAAGAGGUUUCUCAAGAUUUCAUGAUACAAGACGGUUUUAAGAAUUCGAGAUAUGGGAAGUUUUUUUACAGUAUUCAAAAUAAAAGAUCUUAUAAAGUAGUCAAAAAAAUAAUGUCUCAUUUUUCCAGAAUAUAUAUAUAUUUUUUUGGAGGAAGUAGUGCGAGGAAGGGAUCCUCCAGAAUCCCUAGUCUGAUUUAAACUUGAGAAAGUUCAAUAGGACAACGUAAGAUAUAACAUGAUAUAACACGUGAAUAUAAAUAAUUUGCUAUUUUCCCCAGAAAUACGAUUUGAUGUUCCAUUAUAAUGGCUUCAUAAUUAUUUUUUUUUCAUCAUUAGUUUCAAAUUAUUUUGGUACAUGAUAAGAAUACGCAAAUAUUACAACUUGCUAUUUCCAUUGCUUGCGUCACUGUGAUUUUAUAUACAUACAGAUGCGAAUAAGACUGAGAGAGACUACAAACUAAUUUAUGCUACAUAUAGUUAAGGGCUAAACGUAUUUUCAUGCAACACGUUAGCGCAAUAUCAUAAAAAAAUGAGAUAACUGUUAUUAAUUCUUAUUGACUCUUAGCUAAAAAUAUGUUAAUAUGAUAAACUUAUCGGUAAUAACUGUAUGUAAAUUAUUAUUCUUCAAGUAUUCUGAAAAUAAAAAAUGGAAGUUUUACUAAUUUCUAUAUAUUUCACUUACGAGGGGUAAGUGUUUCUUCUGGUGAUUUAAAACACAGAACUAAAAUAAUUACUUAUAAUUAUUUUAAAAAUAUAUUAAUUUUACAGAGACGAUGCAUAUUUUAUCGAAAGGUAUGCCAAAUAUUUUCUAGCAACACCACACACAUAUAUUAUUUAUCAAAGUUUUUAUUUACAUAUAUGACGCUUGUGAAUAGAUAUUAAAAUGACCAACCUAUGAUUUAUCCAUUUAAUUUGUCGAAAUGUAAAGAACCAGAUAUCUUUUCGAGCUGUGUUAUAACAAUCUAUUAUGAAAAAAAAGAAACUCAGAUUGGUUGUGCCAAGAAUAUAGUUCAUAAGAUAUUCUCAAGUACCAUUACUGCUAACUGGCAAGUAAGGUCAAACAAUGUGCUUUCAGGUCACAUAAACUGAGGUCAUUACAAUAUAUAAUGCAGAAACUUCCACCAGACUAUUACAUCGUCAUGAAGUCUCGUAUCAACAAAGUUUAUCCUAAAAUGUCAGCUGAAGUCAUAAUGUAUUUUACUUUGAUUUUUCUUCCACUUUUAAUGAGCGUUGAGGCAGCCCCGACACAGGUCACCUUUAGCCCUAACACCGCAGACCAUCAUCCUUCGUUGCCAUCGGAAAAGGAUAACGUGCCCAAAGUAUAUCUGGAGACCACUCCUGCGCCGACGCAGCCUUCAGGAGAACCUCUUUUCAGCAGCGAAGAAUUGUUAGACGUGGCGGUUAGGGUGGAACAACUCGCGUCUGGUCUCGCCCUCAAGGCCCUGGUUAUGUUCGUGCCUCUGGC